ACAUUAAAUGCCGAGAGAAUUCUGUUGAGUUUGGGGUUGAUGUUAUGAGAAAACGAGGAUAUGAUAUGGAGGUGACCAAACAGACCCCGGCGAGAACGAUCCCGCGCUAAUUCGAAGACGGAAAGAAGCAGACUUCACUCCAGUGGACACCAUAGCAUAGCAGAAGUUGAAGCUCUCUCCUCUCUCCUCCCAAUGAUGGAUCCCAUCAUCCUCUCCGACGAGGAAGACCUUUCAACACCAUUCCCCCUCCAUUCCAAGAAACGCCGAACCCAAUCCAACCCAAACCAAAACCCCACCGUCCUCAUCCUCGACGAUGACCCAACCCCACAGAAGUCAUCCACACCUUCUAUCGUUCCCGAAACUCCAAUGUCGGCGCUACUGGAUUCCGAUGUCGCUAUCGUCAAAUGCACAUAUCCUUCCUCUCCUUCCCAUCACAGCGUUAGGGUUUCCCCGAAGAAGUUCUCCGGAAUUAGUCAAAUGAUAUUGUUGGAAUCAGAUAACGAGUCAGAAAAUUGUGGAACGGGAAAAUUGGACGAGAAUGAAACAAGAGGAUUGUCUAUGGAUAUUGCUGGAGAUUCAAGAUGGUCUUCAAAUUCAUUAGCGUCUGGAAGUUCUCCUGGUGGAAAUGCUGCACGAACUGAAAUGUCUGGCGACAAUCCUUCAAAUCCAACCUCUUCACAAGUGGAAAAUAUGAGCAUAGAGCAGGAGGAGAGCGUGGAAAAUAUGAAAAGAUCCAAAGUUUCUGCUAAGGGCACAGCCAAGGCAAUGGGAAAAACAAAAAUGACUAAAGAAGAAAGAAGUCGCCUGAUGGAGGAAAAGAAAUUACAGAAGGAACAAGAAAAGUUAAGAAAAGCAGCUCUGAAGGCUGAAGCUGCAGAAAUGAAAAAAAUUGAGAAAGAAAAGCAAAAGUGGGAAAAAGGCAAGUUUGCAAUAAAAUCUAUUGUGGCAGAAAUUGAUGCAAAGGUAGUUGAAUCAGGUUCAAUUGGAGGACAUCUGCUUUCUAGGUUUGCUGAAAAAGGGCUUGCAUACCACAUAACAUCAAAUCCAAUCACAGGGUCAAUUUUAUGGUCUAUGAAAGUUCCAGAACAUAUUUCACAGCAUUCUGCUGAAAGAAUUGAUAUUCCAUAUAUCUUGCUUGUUUAUGAGGCUGAACAAUUUUGUAACCUCACCAUGAAUGAUUCUCUUUUUUACCAACUCUCUAGCAUUCGAAGUCAUUAUCCAGCUUAUACAGUUUGCUACAUCACCAAUAGGCUAUUGGCUUACAUAAAUAAAAGGGAACAAGAGAAAUAUAAGCACCCUGAAAACAAUAAUUGUUGGAGACGUCCACCUGUUGAGGAGGUUCUGGCAAAACUAACAACUAAUUUCAACAAAGUACACUCCAGGCAGUGCGUGGAUGAGGCUGAACUGGCUGAACAUGUUGUUGGUUUGACUAGCAGUCUAGCUUCUUGUCAGUUUAGAAAGAAGUUAACCCGAUUAUCUGUAAGUGCAAAUGGAUCCCUUAUCCCAAAGGACAGUGUUGACCGGAAUUUAAUAAAGAAAUCUUCGUUAAAAGCUUUGGUGGCUAUCCCUAAGGUACAGCCACGAUUUGCCAUAGCUAUUUGGAAGAAAUACCCAACCAUGAAGUCCCUGUUGAGUUCUUAUAUGGAUCCAAGUAAAUCGGUACAUGAGAAGGAAUUUUUACUAAAGGACUUGAUGACAGAAGGUUUGCUUGGUGGUGACAGAAGAUUAGGUGAGGUCUGUUCAAAGCGGGUUUAUAGAAUUCUAAUGGCGCAAAGCGGAAGCAUUAGAACAGAUGACGUCGAGAAUGGUGCUGAUUUCUUUGAGCGUUAAUCUUAGAGAGCUUUGUCAUUGUAUGUAAAUCGCUUUUUUUUGGUCGAGUAUGUAAAUCGUUUUGAAGAAAGGGUGUCAACAUACGCAUGUGCUAAUAUGUUUUAUAGGAAUAUUGGUAGAUUGGAUUGGUCUUGAGUAGAAAAAUCAUCUAAUUUAUCUCAUUAAUUCUUUUAUUCAAUUGGUAUAGUUU